UAAUGUCAGCUGUUAUGUAUGUGAUUUUGUUUUGCGGCAUUUUACCACUGUCAUCGUUUGAAGACAGGAAAAAUGGUUAUGUGAAUAUUUUGAAUUGAUAAAAUUGAUAAUUUCGUUUGCAAAGAUAAUUCGGCUGUAUUAUUUCUGGACUGGACAGUCAAUGCAUCAUAGAAAGCACGAAUGGUUGUUAAAGCUGGAUUUUAAUUCGAUGCGCACUUCUUCUAUUUGUCGAAAUCGGAUUCAUAACUUCCAAUGGAGCAAUGGUAUUGGAACCUCUUAUAUUCAGCUGGAUUACUAGGAAUCUCCUUCUACAUCAUUACAAAACAGUUACGUUACAAUUUUGGACGCGAAUUUAUUCUUAACAUGUUUUGUACAAUGCAAGGGAGAAAACACAAAUGGGUUCGUGAACCAAAACUUGCCCGGCGCGUACUCUCGUCUUCAUCAUCAAAAGGAAUCGGAGUGGAACAACUUCUCAGUGCCGAAGCAUUUUUACCUAUCGUAUCCAUGGAAUCCGUUAUCGAUGAACAAUGGCAACGAAUGAAAGAUAAUUUUGUGAUACUUAAAUCCCAUUUGCCUUCUCUGGAUGCAUUAUCAACAAUAGCCGAAGAUAUUACCAAAUAUUAUGUGGAACGGCAAGAAGUAAUCGACUCUCCAACUCUUGUCAAAUUAACUGUAACAAUUAUGCAAAGUUGGCUGUUUGGUGUGCCGAAAGAAAUCGAAGUUGAUCCAAAGAUUAUUGGUGCUAUUGAAGAAUACCGGAAAGAAAUUGCCGUCAAGGGAAAAGGUGAUCCAAGGCUCAAAUUGUAUAUUACACAAUGGAUUCAAGAUGAAAUUAGGAGCCACAAGAAAAUCUAUGAAAUUUUUCAAGAAAAAUGGUUUUCUGAUGAAUACUGGUCUCUUCUGGUACAACCAUUUUUCAUAUCCCCGGCUAUUAAUAUAACAGAUAUUGCAGUUACGCUGACAUGCAAGGAGUUUAAAGAAGAGUUUAAGCUAGAUGAAAAUGGACAUGAUUUUGAUAUGGAAAGAAUUAUUUUGUCUGCAAUCAACUACAGACAUCCUUUUCCUAUCUUCGAACGUUGGUUUCCGCAUGGUUUAAAAGAUGGUGAACAGUUUAUAAUCGAACCAAAUACGCAUUGCUUUCUUCCAAUUGAUGAAAUCGGACGAAAUUGUUACAAUAAGAGUACGGCCAUCACAUAUUGGUCAGCAUUCGGUGCAGGAAAACGGGCUUGUGGCGGAAAAGACAUCGCAAUGACUUUAUGUACGAAAUUAUUUCAUGUGCUGCUCACACACCAAAGGAGUCCAGAGAAAUUUAAACCGUGGAUUGAUCACAACUAUUCUGGUCGUGAUAACGAUUUCAAGGAAACAUUGUCGCAGACGUUGUACCAAAUUAUGCGUCUAAUACAGAUAUCGUGGAAGCUUGUGAGACAAAGAGUUGAGCUAAGUGUUACCAGACUAGUCGAAUCUGAAGAAUCAAGUUGCAACAUGAAUUUGACCGCAAGCAGCAAGACUAUUGACACUGAAGCUGACGAUUUUCUGGAUGAUCAUGCAGAUCGGAAAAUCAAAUAUGGAAUUGGAACGAUACGCUUAUCACUUCUAAUAAUUAUUUUCUGCUGGGUCGAAAAUUGCAGUUUGGAUAUGUUCUCCGAUCUGGGAAUGAGAUACGGACUUUUUGGUAUUGGCGGUGGUCUACUCAACUUACACAAAUUUUCACCUCGAUGUGAACUACUCAUUCUGUGUGCCUUAAUUAGUAAUUUUGUCUAUGAGUACGUAUCUUGUUCGAGCAGGCGUACAGUCUUAUUUAUGUACCUUUUUAAGACCAUUAUCGGUGAUGCCUUAGCUGGUAAAUUAGAUAACAAAACAUGGUUUAAGUCUUUUGUAAUUGUUUCAAUAUUAUGGACAGUACUCUCUAGUCAACGAUUAAUACCAUUGUUACCAAAUAUCGUUCAAGUCAUUGAAAUGUUUUACCAAGAAUUAUUUGUUUUUGGAUCACAUUUGGUUUUCCAUUGUUUAUGCGAAAUGGGGGACAAUUAUUAUGAGAGGAAUGCAUUUUAUAGACAUCGAUAUUCCUAUGAAAUUUCUUGUGUCAUUUUGUAUUUGAUGUGCAACUUCACCGAUAAUAAUUAUGGAAACGUUAGCACUGGCACACUUUUGCUAUUUGCUGAUAUGUUUGCAUCUUUGCUGUAUCGAGUGACAAAUUAUAUAGAUUCAACUAAGUCCCACCGUUCGGGUGGGGUCAAAACCCUUGACUGAUGAAAUUUAAGAUUGUUCGCAUUUCAUAGUCUCGAAGAGUUGGAAAGACUGGUUUCUUUAAUUAUUUAUAGAUAAGUUUGAUCCUAUUUAAAUCGUAGCAAUAAAACAUUUG